UGCGCAAAAGACAGUAUGAUCAUGAAAGAGAUUUUCAUCCUUCUGCUGAAUCUGUAUUUAGUCUUCAGCGUCCAAGCCAUUCGAGAGAGUAUCCCUAUGAAGACCUUGAGCUGCUACAAUGACUACAACUCACAGACGACCUGCACGUGGAUGGAGCAUUCAGAGGCUCAUGCCCUCGUUGGUAUGAUUCUUUAUCAAAGGGAUAAUAUUAUAACGGAGAACAAGGAGCUGCUUUGCAAACACCAGACAGAAAACGACUUACAUGAGGCUCCAGACUCCUAUGUGCACUGGGUUUGUCGCAACACUGAGAACAAUUUUGGAAUAGGGGUAUAUGAUACUUACAGCUUCAAACCUAACAAGAUGCUUCAAGCAGAACUAAAUGUUGAUCUUUUCCAAAAUGUUCAGACCCUCCCACCUCAAAACCUCUCAGUCAGCUUGAUGACAUCAGGAGACUUCUUGCUGACCUGGAAAGCAGCUGAUGGAAGCCAAGGGCUGGGCAAUGCACUGGAGUAUGAAGUCACUUACAAGCGGGAGUGGGAGUCCUGGGAGGUGCUGCCGCCUGCAAAUGUGUCAGUAACAGUGACAGAGAGCCAAGAGUAUGAACUGAGGUGGAUAAAACACACUUUUCAGUAUGGCUUCAUAAAACAGAGAUACCAAGUCGAGUACUGGAAAAACAACCAAUACGGAAAGACUCUCCAGAAGUUAAAUAUCAGCAAUGAUGAACCUCCGUUCAUCUUCACCCUGCAGAUGUUGGCAUCAUCUACAGAAUAUACGGGGAAAAUGCGUGCAAGGGUGAAUACGCCUCCGGAUUAUGAGGGGCCUUGGAGUGAGUGGAGUGAGGAGUUCAGCUGGAAGACUGAGAAUGUUCUGCCACCAGUGGUUCUCCCAGUGAUGCUCCCAGUUCUCAUCAUCGCUUUGCUAAUAGUUGCUUAUUGCAGCUAUAAGUAUUUCCUCAGGAAGAAGCAAAUGUGGGAGGAAAAGAUUCCGAACCCCAGCAAGAGUCUCCUGAUCCAGAGCUACCUAGGGAAAGUACAUUUAGGAAACUGGCCAACAAGCAGCCAGCUGGACUUCAACAACUACAACCUUUCAGAGAAGAUGGAGCAGGCUAGCUUCCUUCAAGUUGUGGACAGGCAGAUGAAGACUUUGGCAGAGUCUCCUGAAGGGCAGGCUAAAAAGGCAGAUGUUUCCCCUUUUGCACUGGACCUACAGAACUCAUACCAUGCUUUAAAUGAGCCAGAGCAUGCCCCAGUUGCCUGCGCAAGUCAGAUUGCUGGCCAUUCCUUUCAUGUUUCAAGGAGAAACAGUGCUGAUGCAAGUAUUGCUUCCAAGAGAGCAAUCCCUUGCUUUGCUUUCAAUGGUCCAUACUUGUACAGCCCAAUGGUGUCCUCCCAGCCUGAUAUGCAUCGGACCCUGGCAGUGGACCCAGUGGGAGUCUGUGAGAAAUCAGUUUCCCUUCAGCAUGUGACCCUCCCAAAGGAAGACUGUCCCCAGGCUCCACAGGGGCAAGGACAGCCAGGAGCAGGUCCUCCACAGCCCUUCCUGCUCCCAGAGCAGAAGGAUAUGAUGCAGCACCUCGACAAUGAGAAAGAAGUCUCACCGGCCCCACCAGCCUGUGGGAAAGGCACGAAUGUGAGAACAGAAGAGCAGAAAUCUCCAAAGGCUCUUAGCUGUAUCACAUCUCCUCAGCAGUGCUCCUUGGAGUACGUCACCACAGAGAGCCUGUUACUGCCAUCAGCUGUCGACUCCCCCCAUCCGCCACUUGUCACUGCUGCGGAGUUGCCUUGUGACUCACAGGACCCCCAUGACCACUCUUGCCAUGAGUUUUCUCCUGGGAAAACUGGUGUCAUGGUCUCAGUUUCACAUCAAGCACCAACCUCGUCUCCUGAAUUGCACCUGGAUACAUUUGGAGACUAUAUUACUGUCCCUUUAGGUCUCCAUGGACAUUCAGAACGCACAAAGAUUUCUUUGCCUGUCUUACAGAAGGGAAACGAUCUUCCUAGAAAGCAGGCUUUGUCAAAGUGUAACUUGGUGGUGUUAAACCCUGACAGCAGUGAGCCAGUUUUCCUUUGCCAGGUUGGUGACUAUUGCUUCCACAGCCUAAAAUCCAGUAUGAAGACGGAUGUUAGUCAGGAAGACCACCAAGUCAAGAAACCUUCUGAAGGCAAGACAACACCUGGGAAGCCUGUAUCUGAUGACGAAUCCAUCACUGGCAAGGAAAAGGAUGUAUCAAAAAUGCAGGCUAUUCAGCUUUUCAAAAACCUGAAAUCAGAUGAUUACUUUUCCUGGCAGCAACCUUUGAGGAUCACAGAAAUCUGUUAAA